ACUGCAAUCGAAGCCCGAAUCCAAGACGGGACAACAGUCAUCAUCAGGACCAGGCCGCCCGCAGGAUGACCGCCGUGACUCAGGACUCGGACGUGCACAUCACCUAUGACGACCAGCAGAAGAUCAACAGGUUUGCUCGCUGCAACGCUCGGCACGGAGACACCAAGGAGGAACUCAAGAUUAAGGAGAAUGACCUACAAAACCUGCAAGACGCCGAGGACGAAAUGUUGAUUGCCUUGGACACCGACGAGAAGGUGCCAUUCAUGGUGGGCGAGGUGUUCAUCAUGAAGUCCCAGGACGAGGCUCAGGAGGCCAUCGGUGCUCAGAGGGAGGGCCUGCAGGAGGAGAUCAGUGGCCUCAACACACGUGCCGCUGAACUGCAAGACGUCAUGACGCAGCUCAAGGGGGAUCUGUAUGCCAAGUUUGGCAACAACAUUAACUUGGAACCAGAAGAAGAGUAGAGAACCACAAGCGCUGGUAGGGUGUCUUUCUUUGUCUGUGCAGGUGUGUGUGUGUAUGUAGAUGUUUGUUUAUUAAGCUUAAAUGUUUUUUUUUUUUUUUUGUACAUCCUGAAAUGUCAUAAUGUGGUUUAGGGUGCUUCUCAAGAAGAAAACAAAUCCACUCAAUUAUGUUACCAUCA